AUGUCGAGCAAAAACGGAACUGGACACACUGACACUUCUGGGGUGGACAAGGAGGAGCUCAUCUCCCGAUUUGAGCACCUCAACAACCUCGAGCCUUCUGAAUGGGCCGAAAAGAUUCUUUCUCGUCCACCUCUGGGUCGAGACGCCGUCAAAGUCGUGAUAUCUGGAGCUGGACUCGCAGGUAUCACCACUGGCAUCAUUCUGUCCAACAAAGUUGACAACAUUGAUCUGACGAUUCUGGAGCGAAGCCCCGAGUCUGGCGGUGUUUGGUUCGACAAUCAUUAUCCAGGCGUCGCCUGCGAUGUCCCUUCUCACGCGUACCAGCUUUCGUUUGACCCCAAGAAGGACUGGAAUCGGGCCUACGCCAAAGGACCCGACAUCAAACGGUACUGGCAAUCUCGAGCCAAGAAGUACGGUCUGGAGAACAAGAUCAAGUUCCGCCACAACAUUGACGAGGCCAAAUGGGACGAAAAGACUCAUCAGUGGGUUCUCCAGGUGGAAGAACUGGAAGCCAGGAAGAAGAGUGAGAUUCGAACAGACAUCUUCAUCUCGUCUUCGGGUUCCCUUAACAACCCCCGAUACCCUCCCCACCAGCCGGGCUUUGACUCGUUCCAGGGAAUCAAGUUCCAUCCUCAGAAGUGGCCUGAAGGGCUAGACUUGACUGGUAAACGGGUUGCACUGAUUGGAAAUGGAGCUACUGGAGUCCAGAUCCUUCCUCAGAUUGCCGAGAAGGCUGCUCAUGUCGACCACUACGCCAAGUCCGCCACCUGGAUUGGACACACUCUGUAUGGCAAGGGCGUGCCUGGAUACGUGGAUUACACCGAUGAAGAAAUUAAGGCGAUCGAGACAGACGAGGAAUACCACAAGUUUCGAAAGGCUCUCCAUACCGAGAUUGGAGGCAAGUACAAUUACUUCUUCUACGGAACUCCAGCCUUCAGAGAGGGUAUCAAAGAGCUCCUUGCUAUUGCGUGGCUGCGAGUUGGUAAAGAUCCCGAGCUGUUCAAGAAGGUCAUUCCCCUCUACACCCCGGGUCCGAGACGUCUUCUGCCUGCUCCUGGCUAUCUGGAGGCUCUGACAAGAUCCAAUGUUGACUAUCAUCUGGGAGAGGUCAAGGAGUUCACCAAGGACGGAGUGAUUGGCUUUGAUGGCGUUGAACGGAAGGUAGACGUUGUCAUUGCUGCCACUGGAUACAUCAAGUCCAAUGGACAGGGAUUCACCCCCAACUUUGACAUCAUUGGUCAAGACGGAUACACUCUGAGAGAACACUUUUCUCCUCUCGAGUCCAAGCUGGGUUACUCGGCCUCAUACCUUGGUCUAUCUGCUCCAGGCUUCCCCAAUUUCUUCUACACGCUCUCUGUCAACUCGUACAUUCCCGAGACUACUGCUCCUGUGACCGCCGAAGUCCAGGCCUCGUACAUUGCUCGAGUGAUUCGAAAGAAGCAGCUUGAGAAGAUCUUGUCCAUCGUGCCGUCUCUGGAAGCUACCAAGGCGUUCAAUCGACGUCUUGCCGAGCUGUCCGAAGCCGUCUCUCUUACCAAGGGAACAGGUAUUUACAGCGAGAGAACUCGAGAUGGAGACAGUCGAUUGAAGAUUGCCUGGCCCGGAUCUGUGUCUCAUGCUGUGGCUGUUCUGCGUGAGCCUCGCUGGGAAGACUACGACUAUGAGUACGAGGACAAUGAUGAUCCGUUUGCGUACUUUGGGUCUGGCAAGACCUGGAUUGAUGAUCACGAGGGCGACAGGACGUUUUACUUGUCUGAGCCGGGCUCAAUCACUGCCCGUAAUCUCCACGAGGGUUGGAUUUCCGUACCCUCAGACGGUCCUCCCAGUGCCCCUCAUUCAAAGUGA